AUGCUUGCAGAUCGAGCAAUUAACCCAGACUAUGGUUAUAUUGUUAGGCUUUUUCAAGAAUACCGUGAUAAUAUGCUUGGUAGUCGCAAUGGUAGUAAGAUGUUUGAACGUUUAGCAGAAGUGAUUGGGAAGUACAACAACUCAGGUAAUGGCAGAGCAAUUAUGCAGGAGUAUGAUAAGCAAGCUGGAAAGGCGUUUAUUCACUGUGUUGUAACUGGUUUAAUGUAUCGUGUUCAUGAAAAAAUCCUACAAGCUGGUAAACUUUGCUAUAUAAAUGCUUCUGCCUCAUUUGAACCCUUAAAUACCUCAAUUACGCUUUUGUAUACAAGUUGUGCAGCUGGUGCACUUCCGCUUGGAAUAUUAAUCACAUCAGAUGAAUCAUAA